AGAGAAGAAAGAGAGUCACAGAGAGGGAGAGGGACAGAACGAGAGGGCUUGGCAUGCCAAGCGCUCUUUAACUGCAUUUCACUAAAAGAUAAAAUCAAAAAAUAAUCUCUUUUGUCAAACCACAUUCUCCUUCAUCACCCUAUCGCGUUUUCGUAUUCAAAUAGAGAAAAUGAGAAACCAGGAUCGGUCAAAUUCAGUACCUGAUAUCCCCCAAAUGAUAGACGAACAGCAACACGAUGAUUCUAGUUUAGAUGGAGCAGCAGCGCCUAUAAAGCUGUUGCUAAAGCUUAUCCAAGAUCACAAAGACGCCUGCGGGAAAGGCCACGACAGCAGGAGGAUGCUCAGGGUGGCUACCAUGGUCACAAUCUUGGACACUGUCAAGACAAGAAUCCAAAAAUGCCAGUCCUUUGGCAAUAAGACCACCAAAGCCACCCUGCGCCGCUGCAACACCGGCCUCAGCCAGCCGCCUAAGGACAAGAAGGGCAGGGUCGAGGCUGCGGGGGAUGAGAAGGAGAAGCUGAGGAGAGAGCUCACCGCGUGCACUGCUGCCAGGAAGCGGCUCGAGCUCAUGUGCUCGAGCCUGGGGAAGGAGAAGGAGAUCAUGGCUGCUGAGCUCUCUAGGAAGGCGCAUGAGUUGUCCGAGAUGGAGGAUCUCAUGCACGGCCUCAAGGCGCAGAAUGAGAAGCUGGUGAGGAAAGUGCAGGAAUGUGUGGGAGGAGAAUCGCAGGGAAGGGAGUUCGAAGAGCAGAACAAGCUCCUUAGGGAGAUGCUCGUGAGGUCGCACGAUGGGUACCAGACAAUGAAGGAGAGGCUCAAUGAGGAACGGGGGAAGAACAUGGUGCUGUGUAGCACGAUAGAUGAGAUGAGGGAGAAGAUUGAGUCGAGCUGUGGCAAUGUAAGGAGAUUACAGGAACGCACUGUUGAUGUUGAUGAAGAUAUGGAGAGUUUGGAGAAUAUGUUUGAGCGUUUCCAGACAAUGCUUGAAAAGCAUGAUAAGAUGCAACAAGGGUUCUCUACAGUUCAAGUGGCACAAGAAGAAGAUGAAGAAGGAACGAGUUAGGACAAGGAGAGGAUGGGAUGGAAUACUAUGAUGUUUCUCUUCAGUUCUCUCAGAACUUGGACUGGCUUUGUUUGAUUUUGCUAUAAAUAGCAGUGUCAUUAUGAGAUGUAAAACAGGUGGAAAAAGGUUACCUUAGAGGAGACUUCUUGAACGUAGCUUUCGCAACUAGAGAGAUACAUGGCUAAGAACCUGUAACCAAUGUGAAUAUGAUACUGCAUUUUUGGCAA